AUGAAACAAAACCAACAACAACAUAAUGAAUUUAUUCAAGAUAUUAAUUCACCAAUUCUAUGUAUAAUGUCUACUACAUCGAAUAUUAUGAAUAGAUAUCAAAAUCUUACUUGUCAUUGUAAGCCAUGUAUUAAUUGUGGAAAUGAUCAGUUAUAUCGAAUGAUGAUAACUGAUUGCCAAAUUCAUCCAUCAUGGUCACCUUGGUCACCUUGGUCGUCUUGUUCAUCAAAUUGUGGUUCUGGACUACUUACUCGUCUACGCCAAUGUGAUAGUCCACAGCCGAUAAAACAAAUGCGUAUCAACAAUCAAAACACUAGAAAACUUAUCACAUGUAAACACAGUUAUGAUAUUCCAGUGGAUCAAAAUGUAUAUCCAAGAGAAGUUGAAGUACAAGUGGAAUAUUGUAGACAACAAAAUCAACGUUGUACUGGUGAAAUCACUUCAUCUAUGCUAUCUGAAAGACAAUCAUAUAAUUUUGGUGAAGUUUUCUUAAAAUGGAGUAAUUGGAGCGAUUGUUCUACAAAAUGUGGAUAUGGUAUUCAAACACGUCAUUUAAUCUGUACAACAAUAUAUGAGAAAUUGGAUCAAAGUAAUAUGUCACAUUGUUCUGUAGUGGAUUCUGCAUUGAUAGAUACCAAGAUAUGUCAUAAUGUCAGUUGUCAAGAUGAAAUUGUUCAUUCAGAAUGGACACCAUGGUUAAAAGUACUGCCUAAUAAUCCAUAUAUAUUAAAGUAUAAUGUAUUCCCUGGUAAAUCAAGUUUGAAUAUGUAUUAUGAACAACGUUUUCGAUAUUCUUGCAGUGUACCAUUUGAAACAGGUGAAAAUUUACAAAUUGUAAGCACACAAAUUAUUGAAAGAAAAUGUUUUAAUACUGAUCAAGAAUGUUCUAGUGUUUCAAAUAUAAUCAAUAGUCAAAUUGAUGAAGAGAAACGAAUCCUUUCUGAAUCAAUUGAUAGAUUCAUUGAUUCUAUUUGGUCAACAUGGAGUGAAUGGUCUGAAUGUAAUCAAAAUUGUAUACCAUUAGAAAGUAUCUCUUCAAUAGAUGAAUUAAGUAUACAACAAAUAAAAUAUUUAAAUACACCCCUUUACACUUCAAAUCAAUAUCAAUUUCGAACACGUAAAUGUUUAUCAAGUAUAUGUUUACAGAAUAAUAAUUUACAGACAACUAUGGAUUUACGUAGAUGUCCAUCGAAACCAGCAUGUAAAAGUGGUUGGUCAUGUUGGUCUGAUUGGUCAAAUUGUUCACCUAUAAAAUAUGAUUAUAGAAUUAAAAAUUCUAAAUGUUAUUGGAAUAAAAUUAAUGGUAGAUCAACACGUACAAGAAUGUGUAUACUUACACCAUAUGAUCAAAAUUUAGAUAAACAGAAAAUUAUCUGUAAUGGUUAUACACAAAUGAAAAAAGAAUGUGUUUGGUUUAAUGGUGAUCAAGAAGAAUGUUUUAUCUUUAAUCUAACAAAUAUUUAUGAAGAUAUUCCAAUUGAUGUGAAUACAAAUUACUACAAAACUUCAAUAUGGAGUAGCUGGUCUUCAUGGUCAUCAUGUGAUUACUCACAAAUGCUACAAAAUAAUCAAGAUAAACUUGAAUUAACCAAAACUUCAUUAGAUCCAAGCAAUCCAAAUCUAUUGGCUACACGAACAAGACAAUGUAAAUUAGUCAAUAAUGCUGAAAAUGAUGAACUUUGUACAACACAGAAUUAUAGAACAGUUUGUUCUGGUUCAUGGAAUCAAUUGAAAACUUGUCCAAGUUUAGCUUUAAAUAUUGCAGGAGUAUAUGGUCAUUUAAAUAGGAAGAAGAUAAAGAACAAGUUCACAACACUUCAUAUAAUUUUAAUUGGUCUAUUGAGUUUCGUUGCUGGAAUUCUGAUAGCCGGUGUUGGAAUAAUAAUUUAUUACUGGGGAUAUUAUAAACAACUUACUAGUAGUAAUAUUCAUGCAGCUGAUGAUAGUAUAGAUGGUAGUAGUAAGCUGAAGUGUAUAAUUAAUCCACAAAAUGGUGUGAAUAAUCUAAAUUCUAGCUGUCUAAAUUUAUCCCCACCACCUCAACCGAUUUUAGCUUUACCGAUACCAGAUAUGGGAACUUCAUUAAUAAUAACUAGUGAUAAUCAGUUAGACAAUGAACAUAAAAAAGCUCAUAGUGUUAUCUAUGAUUCUGUAGCAUCACAAGAUGGUAUUUCUUGUUUAGAAUCAAAUCAGAAAAAAAUAUUAGACUUAUGUCCAGAAGAAUCAUUUCAUAGUCAUCAACAAUAUCCUAUUGAUCAAUUGGAUGAAUAUACUAAAUUAAAUUACUUUUCUGAUUCACAUUCACGUAAUCUACAAUAUUUUGAUGGAAUAAUACAAGGAAGACAAAUAGAAUUAUCACCAACAAGAAUAGAUCUAUUUAAAAAUAAUGAAUUUUGGAGUUAUCCACGUAAUGGUAAAGAGAUGGUUGAAUUAAAUCCACAUCAAGUUUAUACGGAGAAUAUAUCCAGUCUACCGAUGCAAUAUCAUGAUGAUACGCAUCAUUUUCCACCUAAUUACCAUCAUCAUCAUCAUUAUAAUCGAUCAGCACAAUUUGGUAGUACAAAUACAGAUUAUUUACUAAGCUCAAAACAUACAAGUAAUAAUCGAGUAAAAUCUUCCAACAAUGUUUUAUCAUCAUCAUCAUUUUCAGGAUAUAGACCAAUUGGCAUUUUUAAUCAACGUAAUCCUAACAACAGUAAACAACACUAUACACAGUCACCUUUAUUAUUAUUAUCACAACAACAACAUUUGAAUUCUCGAACUAUCAAUGUAAUAUCUACACAAUCUGAACCAUGGUAUGCAUCAACUACUAUAGGUGUACCAAGUAACAUCAGUGAUAGUCAUCAACCAUUAUUGGAUUAUGGUACAUCACCAAUCAAUAUAUCAGAUAUACACUAUCCUGAACAUAUUACUAUGAGUGGUGAUGAUGGUGGAUAUAGUGAAGAUAACAGUAAUAAUGAAAAUAUUCAAUUCCCACCUAGAAUGCCUAUUUUAUCAGAAAGGCAUAAAUUAUAUGAUAUCAACUCACAGACUAGAUUAAUACCAUCACUAUCUAUAUACUCCCGUCCUUCCUACACUCCUAAUAUGAUAGAUGGUGAUAAUCGAUCAUCUAUAUGGAGUGGAGAGGAAUCAAUUCCUUUUGAAAGACCAUCUAAUCCACAUUUAAGGGAACCGAAUACAUUUUAUGAACAUUCAUCUCCUCAUUCUUCACCGAUGAGCUUUAUACCACCACCAACAAAACCAUGAAUACUAAUUACUAGUAAUAUAUCUACCUGUCAACAGUUUAAAUGAAGCUAUUUGAUAUUGAAUUGAAU